GACGAUUCGCUGCAAUUAGAAAGACGCGACACGACUUCUGACGACGUCGUCGGCUCGUCGCUGAGACCGGGGUCUGCCGGACCACACGCGUUGCCUCCCUCCUUCCCAUCCCCCCUCUACCAAGCGGACUUUGAUACGCCGAUGAUAAGAUGAAUCACACAGAAAUGGAACAAUCACACCCGCAAUCGAGCGCACCAACCACAUUCGCCGUCAUAUCCGAGAAUUCACACGAGGAGGUGAUCCAUCAGAUCAACAAGGCGCAGACAGAGUUGAAGAUUCGACUGGAGCAAGUGUCGAAGUUGCGAAUCGAUUGCGUGAAGAUGCAACUGAACUUGCUGCAGCUCUACAAGCCGCAGUGUUUGGAAAUUCUGGAGAUGUUGCGAGACAUCUCGACACCUCCGGAAGAGUCUUGCAUCUUCAAUGACGACGACGAGGUUGAGUCGUGCAACAAUGAGGGUGGCGAAGUCCUUCGCGCGAAUGAAGACGUAUCGAGAAAAUCUACGACGUAACUGCGGCUGACACAAGCGGAUUGACUUAUUGGGACCACUCAGCAUAAUCUAAUCUGAUAUUCGUAAAAAUUCAUCGAGCUUAGUAUAAUUAAAAAUAAGAAAUUAGAGAGGGAGAGAGAGAGAGAGAGAGAGAGAGAGAGAGAGAGAGAGAGAGAG